AUGGACGAGUCAAACUCCUCUACAAUAUCGUUUUCUCGAGCAUCGAGUAUCAGUGAGUCUCAGAUACGUUCCACGAUGGCGGAGAAGCGGAUGGGACGUCUUUUCAAGCAGCCUCAGUCUUUGCAGGACCAGAAAGCUAAUGGCGAGUCACGAGACGUGAAGGAUGCGAGGGAGACUGGGGAGGAUGCACGAGACGCACGAGAUGCACGAGACACACGAGACAUACGAGACAUACGAGACACACGCUAUCGAUCGAGAACGAUCUCGACGUCUCAGACUCCUCAUGCUGCGACACAUUCGUCCAAUAACGCUACUACAGCAGCAGUAUCGUCUCAUUCGACGUCGUCUUCGGCGUCGUCGACGGCUAGCACUGCAUCGGCAAUGACAUCACCGGCAUCUCAGCCAUCUCUUCCGUCUAUGCAGACCCCGCAGAGACCUGCAUUACCGCGUAAGUUGUCCAUGGGGUCUCGUUCAGUAACCAUGAAGUUCACCACGGUGAAGCAGACCCCUCCACAGAUAUUGCCACAGAUACAGACAUCUCCACUGAUGCAGCCAGGUUCAUUAUCAAGCUCAUCUGCUCCAUCUCAGAGCUUAGUCCACGGCCUUGUCCCACUCUCACGCAAGUUUCGUUUUAUUUACAGAGAGACAAUCAUGCUAAUUCGACAUCUCGACCUCGAUAAAACUGUCACAUUGGAGGUCGGUGCUUAUCCCAGCUUUUCUGCCCUAUUAGACACGGUGGAGAAGAAACAAAGUGCAAAGGAGUCAUUUGAAAAGCUACUAUCCCCUCUAGCCAACUCUUUGACUCGUUCUAUGAAGGAUCUGUGUACUCUAAUUGAUGGGUUAGGCCUUUGUGCAGCUUCACUUGCAUCUUGCGAAAGUGAAUCCCUUCGUAUGGCCUAUUUUACUCUUCUGUCGUUGCUUAUUGAGGCCAUUAAUAUGUGCAGAAUACUCUCUCCCCUGCAGAUAAGGCUUCGUAAGCAGGCAUCUGCUUCUUCAUCCAUGCCUUUAUCUAUGCCCUCAUCUUCGUCGUCUACCUCAGUAUCUUCUCCAUUCUCUACUUCGACACGUUCAAAAUCGCAGAGGAUCCGUAAAACUCCUGUCAAUUCUCCGGCUGCCCUCGGUAGAGCUCCUCCUCCAAAUCCUCAGCAUACUGGCCAAUCCAUUCCAGUUGUCUCGAAACAAUUGCCAUUUUCGGUUGCUACUUCCAGUUCAUCAGCUACACUUUCUUCUAUCCAGAGACCUCCUUUGAAGAUUGAUACUUCAAUAAAUAGUGUUAGAAGACAGGACUCUGAGUUGAGUAUUGGUAGUGCUUUCUCGGACAUGCUAGCUACAUCUUCGGCAAUAGCCAAGAGUUCAUUUACUGAAGAUGAUAAGCUCUUUGAUCUUAUUGCAUACACCAUUCAGGCUUCGCAAGUAGUUUUUAGUCAGAUGAAUACUGCCAUCUCUAAAAGUGCCAUGACUACUGCUCAGACGACAGAGGAUCAUUACAAUCCUACUAUAGGAGAGUCCAACGAACUAGAUCAUGUAGGACAGAAGAUUAAAGAGAUGACUAUGCUCUGUAUAGCAUCAAUGGAACAGACCAAGCGCAUUAAUACUACUUUACUAUCUGCCAAAAAGAGCAACAAAUUAGACGAAGAAGCACAGAAAAGACUCUAUGAGGAAACCAACUUGUUCCUCAAAUCCAUUAUUAAUGUUCUGGCUGCCACUAAAGGUGCCAUUCAAGAUAUCCCCGCCUUAAAUGAAGUCAGAGGUGCUCUAUCAAACCUUACCAGGGCCACCAAAGAACUUACCAUUCGCUUGGAGACCAGCGCUUUGAAACAGGCAGUGAUGAGCAACACUUCUUCUUCCACGACGCUUGUGGAACAACCUCCUCUUUCUGCUAUUCCAUCUGUUGCCAACUUCCAACCAUUUUCUGCCCACAUGAAUUCAGUUUCGCCCACGAGGUAUUCACCACCACCAUCAGUGUCUGCCUCGCAGGCCGCUAACACGAUAACUUCCGGUUCCACUCUAUCCCCCAGCUUUUUACCCAAAACAGAGAUCGAUUUGAAAGAAGGAGUAUCGAUGCAGCAACAUAUUAUGGGUCUAAAGACAACCAAAAAUGAAAUUAUAUCUCCAAUGCAAACUCCUCUCACUACACCUUUAGUGGCUUCUAUUGGACCAACAGCAGCCUCUGCUGUGCUGCCUACUACUACUACAACAACAACGACACCUUCACCUCAGGCCAACAACAGUCACGACAUGGAGCUCAAUCCAUUCGAUAAGUUACUAGGGAAGAGAUGA